AUGAUGGAGAGUUCUCAGGCGAGGCCAUCUCCUCCACCUAAGCCGCCUGACCCGCCAGAUCUAACCCAUGCACCGUCGUGCUCGCUCAGCCUUUUCAUCUUCCACCACCGGCUAGCUCAGUCGGCAUCCUCCCUAGAUCUUAACUAUACCGGAUCUAGGUGGGGUUCACGGUGCUCUAAUGUCGAUGGCGGUUUUUCAAGCCACCACUUGUCUUAA